AUGGCUCGAAGUUUCGCAGAUCUGCAUGUGAGUGACGCACAGAGAACACGAUUCAUCGUCAUCGGUGUGGUUGCUCUCUGCUCGGUGAUUGCGACACUGACCCUGGCUUCAUUCCUUCUCUUUCGAUUCAUCUUUUGGAAACGGUAUUACCGACGGCCUUUGGCGAAGAAUCAAUACGUACUACUCAUCUUCAACCUCCUUCUUGCCGACUUACAGCAAUCAUUUGCCUUCAUGAUAUGUCUGAAAUGGGCUGCCGAGGGGAACGUCCGUUAUGGAACCCUGGCUUGCAAACUGCAAGGAUGGUGGAUUCAGGUCGCGGACCCUGGUAGCGGCUUGUUUGUACUAGCAAUUGCCCUGCACACCGGAGCCGUUGUACUUCGGGGUCGGCAGCUGCCCUUCAACGUGUUUGUCAGCUGUAUCAUUGCCUUGUGGGCGUUUAUCUUCACGCUGGGAUUUAUUCCGAUUGGCUUGUAUGGCGCAGAUGCCUUUGUUAUCUCAGAAGCAGGCUGGUGUUGGCUUAGCCCGGAUUAUGAGAAUGAGCGCCUCUGGGGCCAUUACUUCUGGAUAUUUCUCUCAGAGUUCGGGACCAUCGCCCUAUACGGAUUCAUGUUCUUCUACCUCCGACGACGAAUGAGACAGAAUACCAUCCUCCAGCAGAACCAGACUGAAAACCUCAAGCGCCUGAACCGAGUCGUCGUCUACAUGGUUAUCUACCCAUUUGUCUAUGUGGUCCUCUCUCUUCCGCUAGCGGCUGGUCGCAUGAUGGUGAUGGCAGAACAGGAUAUUCCUAGUCACUCGUAUUUUGCCGUUGCAGGAACCAUGAUGACCCUCUCUGGCUGCAUGGAUGUGCUUGUAUACACGGUGACUCGCAGGCACCUGCUCCUGGAGACCGACCUCAGCACUACGGACAAGCAAUACGCCAAUACAAACUCCAAUGUCUGCCAGACACAUAUUAGCACGACAGCCAAUACCACCAAGAAGGGCUUCGGUAUAACUUCACGCAUCCGUCGAAAAUUUCCCAGCAUUGAUCGAACCCUCAUUUCCGCCCAGGAUAAUCGCAAUGGGUCCACCGACGAAAUCGUGCAGAAGGGGGAUACAGAGCUCUUCAGCAUGGCGCACGCUGUCUACCAAGAAACGACGAUCGAGAUUUCCCAUGAACAUGCACAGCCAGAGCCAGAGCUAGAGUCAACCCCGUCCAGGAAACGGGGACGCAAUAGCCGUUGA